AUGUCUGGCGGGCGGCGGAUCUUCCCCGGGGAAAAUAGAAGAUACAGAGAAGAAAAUGAAAAUAACAGAAAGAGGGAAAGCACCUCCGCGCGAAGAAAUCCCCUCUGGUGUGCACUUGCUCCUCGCUCAAAAGUGGCUAUGAAUUGGGAAUACUUAAAGAGGAAAGAAAAGAAUCGACGCGUGCCCUACAGCAUACCGGCAGACUGGAAGGCGUUGUGGUUCAGCAACCUGGACGAUCUGCAGAGAGUGAACGAUGCGAACGACAACAACACCGUCUCGAACGUCACGGUGCAGCUGGGCGGCACCGCGUUCCUGCACUGCAAGGUUCGAAAUUUGGCAGACAGAACGAUAUCCUGGAUACGACGGCGUGACUUCCACGUCCUCACCAGCUCCACGUUCACGUACACGAACGACGAGCGGUUUCAAGUUUUGCAUCCCGAGGGCUCGGACGACUGGACUCUUCAGAUCAAGUACGUUCAGGACAGAGACAACGGGACCUACGAGUGUCAGGUAAUCAACCACGGUUCAAAUUACCAAUCGGAGAAUUGUUUUAACACUUUCGCUACGAUGAUCAAAUCAAUAAUAAUCGUGAAAGUGUCGUGAUCACCGAUUUCGAUGAAAUUUAACAAACAUUUGACACUUUUCUUUUUUCAUCAGCAAUUGUCUUUGAAAUCGUAA